UUUUGUCUGGACAAGCAGAUGUUUGCCGAAAUCCAUGGAGCUCCAUGGCAAGAAAGAGCGGGGGAAGUGAGGUGGGAAAACCAGUCUCUGUCCUGCUACCUUGAGACAGGAGGGGAGUCUGAGAGAGAGAGAGUGAGUGAGAGAGAGAGAGGAGAAGCAGUUGAAGUUGGGUUGCAUGAAUCACUUUAGCAAGAAACUUGGAAGUGGUUUCGGUUGAAAGAAAGACACUGCGGUAUGAACUAAAGCAUACAAAAUGAAGUCUGUGUUGAGGCCAUAAAAACUUCUAGUUGAUUGUCUGGGGCUAAUAGAAGAUCUCUGGGGAGAAGGGAAGGCGUGCCCGCAGCCGUCUUUUCACUAUUGGAAGGAAACACUGGUGACUGCCAGAAACCAAUCCAUGGAGAAGAAGGAAAGCGUUGACCACUUCAGCCACCAGCAUCCAUUGGACCCGUGCCAUCUUGAGGAAGAGGAAAAGGUCAUGUGUGCUGCAUGCGAGAAACGCUGUAGGGAUCAGUCCUAUGGCUGCAGUGAAUGCCGCUUUUUUCUUCAUGAAGAAUGUGCUGAGUUGCCGAGGGAACUCAAACACCCUAUGCAUUCUCCUCACCAUCUCAAACUCUCCGACACAGCGAACUAUCUGGGUGCUAUCUAUUGCGAUGCCUGUAUGAAAAGAUCCCGUGGGUUCACCUUCCGCUGUGAGGAGUGUGAUUUUGAUUUAGACAUCGAUUGUGCUCAAAAAGCCGAAUCUGAAGUCAAGAAGAAGUCAAUCUACCACUUCAGCCACAAGCACGUAUUAUCACUAGAGGAAGAUGGUAUCGUUCCAAAAGAAAAAGAUGUCGUUCAGGAAGUUUGGUGCAAGGCUUGUGAGAAACGCUGCUCGAACCCUGCAUAUGUCUGUGCGCCAUGUGAAUAUUUCCUCCAUAAAUCAUGCGCGGAGUUGUCUCUUGAACUUAUUCACCCCUUACACUCAAUGCACCCACUGAAGCUGCAGAUCACUGCAUAUGAUGGACCAGUAUAUUGUGAUUCCUGCUACAAUAAGGUCUUAGGCUUCAUCUACCACUGCGAGCAGUGUAACUUUGACCUCGACAUUGAGUGUGCACAGAUGCGCUUCUCUGCAGCUGAGAAGCAGAUCAAUGGUUUCAAGCAUUUCAAACAUAGCCACACUCUGGUGGCGAGUGAGAAGAAUGAAGACGAUAAGGUUCUAUGCGUAGCGUGCUGGGAAAGAUGUUCAGGUGAUACCUUGGGGUGUGAAGCGUGCGAGUUUUUCCUACACAAGUCAUGUGCUGAAUUGCCUGAAGUAAUGAAUAACCCCGUCCACAAGGUACAUCCCUUAAAGAUGCAGUCUGCAUUCUCGAAUAUCUGCGACAAUUGUGAUGUGAAGAUUCGUGGAUUCACAUACCGCUGUGACCAAUGUGACUUUGACUUGGAUACCAAAUGUGCUCAGCAGCUGGAUAGCAAUCCCAACCUCUCGAAAAUUCAUGAAAGAAAGAAGAGAGAUGCAGUUGAGAAGGAGAUGGAGCACUUUGCCCAUACGCUGCAUAAGCUGAAGCGCAGCUUAAAGCAGGAUGAGAAGAGACGAUGCAUGGCAUGUGAAAAACUCUGCUCAGGAGUAGUUUACGGCUGCGAUGAAUGUGUAUUUUUCCUCCAUGAAUUGUGUGCACGGUUGCCUCGACGCUUCACCCACUAUUUCCACAAGCAUGUGCUCGAACUCCUGAGUAACAGAUUGGAGGCGCCCGAUCAGCAAAAGAUGGAUGAACCGAAGAUGACCUGUAAUGCUUGUGACAAAAGGUGUCGUGGAUUCACCUACUCCUGUUUGCAUUGCAACUUCAACAUGGAUGUAGAGUGUACUCGGAUGGCCCAGAGGAAGCGUCGUGCAAACUAUAUUGAACAUUUCUGCCACGGCCAUCCCUUAAAGAUCCUCAAGGAGGAGAAGUCUGAGCUAUGUUCUGCUUGUAAGGGACAAUUGUCAGGGGACACGUAUGGUUGCAACAAGUGCAGGAUGUGGCUCCACAAGUCGUGUGUUGAUGCACUUCAGGAAAAUAUUGAUCAUUUCUUCCACCGCCACGAGGGCCAAAAGCUGUUGUACUUAAACACCCGGGUAAGGAACGUGAAGUGCAAGGCAUGUAGGCAGGAAUGCCUAGGAUUCACCUUCCACUGUGAGGGAUGCGAUUUUAAUUUGGACACUGAUUGUGCCCUGAUGCCCUCGAGAAUGAAGAACGGUCAUGAGUUCCUGGGGCACGGUCACCCGCUAAAGCUCGUAGAUAAAGGAGGAGAUACAGAUAUUCGCUGCUCUGUGUGUGAGAAGCGCUGCCAUGGCUCCACAUAUGAGUGCGAUCUUUGUGACUUCUACAUCCACAAAGCUUGUGGUGAAUUACCGGAGACCAUCACCCAUGACUUUCACCCGAAGCAUUAUCUGAAAUUGAUAACCAAAGACCGAUUUAAGUGUAAAGCUUGCCUCAAGGAAAGCUCAGGCUUCACUUACAACUGUCUUUUGUGCCCUUUUUUCAGUUUCCAUGUGGGUUGCACGGGCCUCAAACCCAUCAUAGAGUACGGUGAUCACGAACACCCGCUUGCUUUCUUUGAGAGCGUGUACGAGCAGGAAAAACUUGUGUGCAAUGCCUGUAAAUCAGAAAUUCCCUCUUCCAUGGAGAAACAGAGAGACAAUGUUGUCCGUUGUGUGCAAUGCAAUAAUUACAACCUUCAUCUCCUUUGCAGUCCCUUGCCUUGUACAAUAGUAAGUCCCAAAAAGCACAAGCAUCCACUUACACUCGAGGACACUUUUGUUGAGGAGGAUUCGGACGAGUCCUACUGUGAUGCCUGCGAGAAAGAAAGGGAUCCACGAGAAUGCGUCUACAAAUGUAAGCAGUGCCCAUAUGUUGCUGCCUUUGAUUGCAUGAAGUCUGAGGUGAUAGAGUUAUUGCAAGGCAAAGAAAAUCAUGUGAAACUGAGGAGUCUAUGCGGAGGGAUUGCUGGUGAAGUAAUCACUGACGGAAUUGAGGCAACUGACACGAAGAGAGCGGACGGUGUAAAAGCAGAAGUUCCCAUUGAGAAUGUGGUGGGCUUGGAUGACAUGCUUGAUUCUUUCAUUGGGGAUGAGGUCAUGAACCUUACAGGGAGGGCGGAGUUCCUAGAGAAGGCAAUGGCGGAGUUGUGGGAUCAAAUAAUGAGCGAUAUUGUCCCGAAUGUUUCCUCAUAUACUAAUGAAGCUCUCGAGAAGUUAAGGACCAGGCUAGAGACUAGCGUACUGAAAGCGGAAUUCUCGAUGAUAUUUUUCGAAAAAGAAGAGACCGAAAAAGUCGAAGAAUUUUGGACGUUCAAGAGCCUGGUCCCGACUCUAAAGCAACUGCUCCAGAGGCAUGCCGACGUCAUCAGCCGGUCGGAGCAGAGUUCAGAGUCAAAAAGCUUAAUCUUGACAAUGCUCUGCGGAGCAAUACGAAGCAUGCUGGAGUUGGACGGACAGAUUGAGGGUGUGUCGGAAGCACUGCUCUUCAAUUGGUGGAACCACUUCAGGCUUGCAGAGUGCGUGGGAUUUGAGAUUCAGUUUCUGAUGGAUCAUCUGAAGAGAAUCACUCUAGCUUACUUUGCUCUUAAAGCGAAAGAAGAAGAUCUUGCUUACUUUGCUCGUAAAGCGGAAGAACAAGAAGUUUGGGAACAGAAAUUGGAGGAUCUGGCUGUCAAGAUUGGAGAAUCAGAGCAUAACCUUUAGCACUGCGGAAGCAAAGCUGAAAGCGUUUUCCAGGGAAGAAGAGCAGACCCUCAAUAGUCCUGCAUGAUCGAGAUUAUCUGUGGACUUACAGGUCGAGUCUCAAAUGAUAACGGGAGAAGCUUCUUUGUGUUGUAGCAGAUGAAGUUUAGUAAAGUGUCCGUUGGAUUGUGUACUUGAGUUCUCCAAUGUCAUUUGUCAAUUGUUACAUUCAAUCUCAAAAUCUUUUAAACUUCGGAACAAGAUUACGGUAUGUAUUAAGAACAUUGUGUAUAAUCGUGGUGUGAUCUUCUCAUUUGUAUAAAAACUCUCAAAUCUUGUAGAUGAAAGGGUCUGGAACCAAAAGCUUUGGUAUAAAUGUUGAACUCUACACCUA